GAGGCUCGCUGCUCUUCCAAGAUUGCGACCAACCACUCAACUGCCUUCCAUAACCACCGUGGACGAGGAAGAAAAGGCCAUAGACGAGAACUGGCAGCUGAGUGAUUCGGCCUAUAAUCUGUUAUCCUUCAUUGCUGUGGAAGAGAGCGAUUUUAACGCCGAUGCUAGCUUCGAUUUUGCAGCUGUACCCCCGGUGCCCGAGGAGACUGAGGAAGAGGUCUGUUCGAUGGUAUCGACGGCCUUGAAUUUCGACGACUACGAUAGUCAUUUGUUCAUGGAAUCGAUAAAGGAUAGUAGGAGAACCACCCCAACGAGCGCCCAGUUGGGAACGCAGAUAUUUCGACCAAUCGAGCUCCCUGCUGCAGACCCCAUCCCCAAAUUCUACGGGUCCAAGAACGCCUUCGUCCUGGAGGUGGUAGCGGCGAAAGAAGGCCACGAGGAAGCCUUGGAACUGCUGAUCGAGGCGUCCUUCGAGAGCUUCCCCGAAAGGAACUACUGCUGCAUCUGCAUACCGACCACUCACCCCCCGGUCGGAUUCCUGGAGAGGUUCGUCAGGGUUCCGCCCAGGGGCGAUGGAAAGUUCCCGCACGAGCUGUUCUUGCUCCACAGGAACGCGGUUCAGCCGGACCUCGUGGUCAGGAUGGCCAUCAACGACGACAGGCCCUUCAUUGCGGAGUUCCUGCAUCAGAUGCAGAACCUGGGUAACAUCAUGGACCAGGUUAAGUUCUCGCUGAGCACCGACCCCAAGUAUGAGAACAGCAGCAACCUCUGCUUCUUGAUGAUAGCGUACAAACAGAUUGUCGGCCUUGCUGUUCUCAGCGAAAGUGUAGAGCUGGAUUACAUCAUGUCCCACUACACCAUGUACAAAUGGGUGAACGAAAAACAACAAGAAAAGGGUAGCUACGCCGUUAUCGAGAAUCUAAUCAUCUACCCCGUAUUCCAGAAUUUCUCCACGUUUUUUCUGACCCAAAUCCACACGUUGGCCGAUUACUCUGUGAUUUUCUAUGUUAUUACCCCGGAAGAUAUGUCGAAGGAUAGACGGAGGCCUAUUUGCAACGUGAUACAGCAGUUCAUACCUAUCACGCCUAGAAUGGUACAGGAUUAUUCGCCCAAGUAUCUGAAAGGAGACCUGAUGCCAGCUGAACACAUCACGAAACUUGAUACGCCAUUCUCCCUCUUCCUUUCCAUGACAAGGCUGUCCAGCAUAUCGAGGAUAGAGAUAAACGCUAGGAUUGUGGUUGUGGGUUCUGGCGAUACAGCGUCUUCGUUCCUGGAAACAUUGAUCUGCACCUCGUCCCCAGAUCUUUUGGUCACCUUCACCAGCGUCGUUGUGGUAUCUCCCCACGGUCUGGCCCACCAGAAAGAACCGAACAGGGCGAGAGAUACUUUUUUCAUACACAGGGGCCACUUCAACCACCGCUACAUGCAUCUGACAUCUUUGAGGGCCCACCUCAAUUUCACACCGAGCGUCAUAACGGAGAUAAGGAGGCAGGAUAAGCAGGUGAUCAUGAACGAUGGGACGUUUUUGCCGUAUGACAUUCUUGUGUUACUGGUCGGUGAACAGUACCAGGCACCCACCUUGACCAAAGGAGGCUACAGCGAUAUUCCGGCGAAUGUCUUUAUCGUCAACACUGACACGGAUGCCACCUACGCCUUGAAGAAGCUAGCCGAGAUUAUGGUGAAGGACAUCAAUCCUGACGGUAAGGUGAUUGUGUAUGGCCAUGAUUUGAGAAGUCAUUGCGCCCUAGCAGCCCUCAUCGAGUAUGGCGUACCGAGAGAUAUGCUCGUCUUCGUGAAUCCCAUAAGCAGGACUUUCGAUGUUGAGAAUCUGAUAUCCUACGACAACCUGAUUUAUGACGAUCCUGACAUCGAGAUUGCCAUCGUGCGGAUUUUGCAGAAAGAAGGUAUAACGCUUUAUCAGGGAUUUUUCAACGACUGGGACCUCAACGUGGAAACGAACUAUGUGAAAUUGGUGAAAUUUGAGUGUUCUCAAAGAAUGCUGACCUUACCAUGCAAAUGUAUUUUCCUCUUCACCCAGAAAUAUAUCAGCAGGAAGACUUUUCACGCGAUAGUCGACUCAGGUCUCGUUUUCGAUGGAAGAUUGGUCAUCGACGCCAAUUUCCGUACGAAUGACCCCAACAUCUACGCCGCUGGACCGGUGACGAAAUACUCUAGAAAGUACCACGCGGAUCACCUAUCUCACCUUUAUUAUAAUUCUGAAGAAGUUGGGGAAAAGAUCGGAUUGCACAUCAGGAACAUGUUGAUACCGGAAGAAUACAAGCCAAGAAGACAAGAGAAGCCAGACAGAUUUCCGAUAAAAACUAAGAAAGAAAAGGAGUCUUUGCCGACGUUUACCAAACCAAUAGUGAAGGUGUGCACAGUAGUUGGUAGGUUGAAUUACUGUCAUAUAACCAAACCUGGCAAGCAGAUACCGGCUGAGCUAGAAGUUACCAGAGCUGAUUUCGGUCAACUCUACGUGACCGGUGACCUGGACAACCUCAACAGGCAAGGUUACUUCAGGAUCCACAUAAACGAAUUCAAAACGGUCGAGACGAUCACUUGUCUCACGAAAGACGAGAUUUACGUCAACAGUCUGCUGCAAAUUUGGGGCAAACACGUGAGGAUGCUGAACAAUCUGCAGCUGAGGUUCGAGCUGAUGAUGGUUCCGGAUCUGUUGGAGUUCUUCAAGGAGCCUUGGACGUGCGCCAUUUACUACGAUCGGUUCAAGGAGGUCAGGGAGAAGAUCUACGAGAUCAUCUUGGAGACAGAGAUGGAAAAUGGGAAAUCUCUGGCCGAAACCGCCUAUGGAAAUCUCUUACAAAACAAUUGGAAACAUCUAACUAGACAACAGAAGGAGGAACUUUUACGAUUGUUCAAUGAAUCGACUCUUCGCGAUAGAAUAGAAGAUCAAAUUGUGGAAUAUGUGGGUGCGAACACAAUAGAACUACCCAUGUACGCCCAUCCCAAUCUGAUCAGGAAUAUCCUGCACGAUUACGAGAAAAGUCCGAUGUUUACAGAGUGAUCUUAGCAGAUAUGAGAACUACAUUAUAUGUGCUUUUACUUGUACGAGUUUACGCUUAAACUAAUGUGUGCUAAUAAAAAUUCAGCUUCGGAUUU